AUGAAGGGCCCCAAGGCACUGUUUUCCCAAGCCAUUGCCGACGCUGUGUCUGAAUACUUUAUUGUGGACGAUCCCGCUAGAAUUGAAAGCCAAUUGUCGGGCGACGCCGAAAUUUUGUUGCGUGACGUUUUACUCAAACCGCAAACCUUUUCAGUUUCGAGUUCCACCACUGCCAUUCUUACUGGGUCGGUCUCUCGUGUUUUCUUUCGUUGGCAUUGGGGCAAAGACGAUGAAGUUGAAGGAUCCAGUGACUGGAUUCGCAAUGCCAACUUGGCGAUGGAAGGAUCCAGAUAUUUGGUACAGCUAGAGAAAAACUACUCAAAUACCAGUAGUGGCAGUACUAAUCCAGCAGCCGCCAACAAGGAUGCAACCGAAGCAAGCAUGACGGGUGGAAUCAGGGGGUAUAUCAACGAUCAACUUCAACGAGUGCUGGAUACCCUCGCUUUGUCCAUUCAAGAUUUUGAGCUUCGAAUCCAGCUCCCCAAUGACAAUGACAAUGACAAUGACAAUGACAAUGACAAGAACAAUAUUAUCAGCGAGAGUUCUGCUGAGAGAGCAGUUCUCGUCAUGGGAGGAUCUGGAGUAACAAUUCAAUCCUACGGGAAAUCUGAAACCAUACCCUUGAGGCAAGACAUGACUAUAUCCAACGUAAUUUGGUUUAUCCUGUCUAAGGAGGGACAAAUGUAUCCCCUCUUGUCACCAGGGGUAUCAUACAAAGCAACAAUUAUCCGUGCCGUGGGUUUUGAUGGUCUGGUCUCGGGCAUGGACAAAGGAUAUCGUGUCUUGGGCGAGUGCCUCGAACAUGAACAUGGCAACGACAAAGGUUUUGUGUUUCACGCAGAUAUCGCGCAAAUGGAAUUCUUGUUGGAAUUGAUGGAUCUGGUGAUGGAAGAUGCCGACGACCAUGCUGACGUUGAUAUUAUGAAGAACGUCGCUACGCAAUCGCCCACCAAAGGCAAUGACAAGAUUUCGUCAGGCGAUGACACAACCAUAAGGUCGGACACCACUACGAACAGCCAAGCCUCCUCCUUUAUUCAGCUGCCCCUUUCGCCCGUGUCGCUGAUCUUACCCAAUGAUACCAAGCUAUCCUUUAAAGGGAUGGUUUGUAAGUAUCGAAUGGAUGGGACGCUGAUGGCAGUGGAAGGCAGGACCAGCUUUCUUGUCAAUGAUUUUCAAUUCUUAUCGUUGGGAGAAACCUGUAUCUGGCAGUUGGACCUGGUUCGUCGCCGCAUGGUGGUUACCGAUAUGGCAGCUACUCGGUUUCACAAACACGAUGAGUUGGUGGCAUUCCUUCAUGGUAGACCCCUGGAACUUGAUCUGAUCAAGGAGGGGUUAGUCCAGAUGGUGCAGACCUAUCAGAAGUUCUACUCGGACAAAAGUACAUGUAGUGAAGCUGCUAGUGUCGGUGCCAGGGCAGAUGGCGUUAGUGACAACGACUAUGGACCUGUGACCGAAACAAACAACAGCGCUUGCUGGACUUUGCAUCUAAGAGGAGUGCUUGGAGUCUUAUGGGAAGGCGAAGGCGGUGACGUUAGCGGAGAGUGCAGAAUACGUGGGGUUACAGCCAGCUCUCUAAUGACAGUUGACAUUCUCGCUGUGGAUAGCCUGUUCAUUCCAGGUCUGGUCAGCCUGAAAGAACCUAUCAUGAACAUUGAAUUGACAUUCGAUGGGUCCGUCUUGGAUGUAAAAUCGGCGGGCAUUGUGGCCACACUGGAAGAUAUACCAGAAUCGAAAUCUGAUCUGGAAAAGUUGGGACGAAGCGUCGCCUCGUCGCUGAGGAACAGUAUUCUGGCAAAUGAGCUACCCAUAACACAGCAAGUGCAAGAGUCAAAGAGGUGUUCAAACAUCUCCGUUGCAACUGACCACGAUGACUCAGCUCCUGUCUACGUCAUGCCGUUUGGGAUGAGAGCAACAAUCGAGAAAGUAGUACUGCACGAGCCACUCGGCAAAGCAGCAGCUGCGAGCUUUCACUUUGUUCAACUUGCACUGGGCCCCGACGAUAUUUCGACGGAUAUGACACAACCAGCCAUUAGAGGAGCAAUCAAGAUACAUGAGAUCAGUCACUACCUUGUGGGUGCAUCGGAAUUGAAGGUGGCUGGCGUUGUGAAAACAAGUGACUUUGGCACCAUCCAUAACUACAGGUCCUCGACAAAGAGUGUCUCACUUGCAGCCGGCUACAGUGCGUUUGACUGGGAACGUUUGAUCAAUGGAUUUGGUAAACGGUCCAGACGAAAGGCGCAGAGGCCGAGGAAGAAGAACGCCAAAAAGAAAUCGCAGGAUCACGGAGAGCCUAUCCGGCUGCCUUUCGCCCGUAUGGACAAGGUGAAAGUCAAGAUUGUUGUGACUAGUGAUCUUGUUGGAGUAAACCCCUCAACGAUUCAUAUAGGAAGUUUUAAAGGAAAAAAGGACACGACAUUGGACGAUGUUUUGCAAACAUACAUCCAACGUGUGUUGACAAAGACUCCAACACUCAUCACGAACCUUGAUGUUCUGGGAAUCAAUCUCACAGAGGGCACGUCGUCCUACUUUGGUUCAUUGAUUGGUGUGGCAGUCUUCACCUCUCUUGGAGCUUUAUCUUUGCCAAUUGGUGGCAUCCUGGGAGUGGCGAGCUUGGACGGCGUGAAAGCUACCAUCAUUGAGGGCAAAAAGUGCCGAGGAGCCGAUGAAGACGACAAGACCAAGCUGUUUGACUUUACGAGAGGAGUAGUGCGCAUCGCGAACGAGAAUGCAAGGAAAGGCGCGGAGAGGCGUGGAAAGUCAAGAGACGAGGUUCACGACCCGCUAGACUGGGCACUUGGAGCCACGGCCGAUGUUUCGACAUACGCGAAACGGAACAAACGGAAGCUUGGAGCUGCCAGUGUGGGCACUGUGGGCUUCGCCAUCGGAAUGGUUAUUGGGGGCCCCGUAGUUGCAAUGCUUGGAGGUCUCGUCUGCUGGGCGGCAACCGACAGAUCUAUAGCCAAGAUGGAAGAACGCGCCAAAAAGCGGAAGGAAAUGCGAAGAGCUGCCGUCGACGUCAUUUCUGAAUCCUUUGAGCAGACUUUACAAAGGGAUCAGGCAUUACAGGGCGAUGAUGCUACGGCAGAUGGGAUGCAGGGAAAGGCUGGCUCUGACAAGAAACGGAGGUCAACACCAUCCGAAGCACCAGUUCUGACUGGACUUCUCUGGAAACGACGAGACUUCUUCAAGUGGGAUUGGCAAGUGCUUUACUUCACCAUACGUGACAACAAACUGGGUUAUUAUCAGACUUCGGAGAGACCAAUGCGUGGCAAGCAAAAGGUGGUGAAUGAUAUCAGUGCAACGGCUUUCGCGGAUUUGGACGGAGGCGUGGUAAAGUCUCUCGAUCUAUUGAACCUCAGAAGCGAGGCCGACAGCGAGCUUUCCCAGCCGGAGUUUGACCUGUACGCUUUUACCAUAAGCAAAAGUCAGCAAAGAGAACCAUUAUGGGUCCUUGCCGCAAGAACUCAGGAGGGUAGAGAUCUAUGGUUGAGUAAGCUCAGAGACGCAAACGCAGGCUUGAAGGAGAAUUCGUCUGCUGUGGACUCGGAACCAGAGGGAGAAGAAUCUCCCAAUGCAUACUGUUGCCAAGCCUUGCUUUUUCCGGGCUAG